CGGACGGUGCGCAGACGCAUCAGGUGCGCACCAGAAGAGACUCCAAGACGCGCAGCAUGCUUUACAGAGUAGAACAUACUGUUGUUUAGAUAUUUUACUAAAGUGAAGUGUAACAAAACAGCAAGGGAUAUAGGAAAAUAUUGAGAAAGGUGCAAGAAAGCCAAGUGUGUUGAAGAGUGCGCAUGGAGGCGCACCGGACCACACACCUUUGCUCCUUAAACCUAUGCACAGACCUCAUUGGGAUCGUUUUCAAGUUCAUGUAAAAGGAGAAAGAUAACAUCAUGAACGACUCGGAGUCUGUUUGGUUCUUGGAGGAGCAGUGGAACCGCAGCAUAGCGGAGGAAGAAGAGGAAAAACUUUUCGGGAUUGGCGCGGAUAAUUUCAUAACGCUGCUGGUGUUUGGACUCAUCUUUAUGCUCGGUGUGCUGGGCAACUCCAUGGUGAUCACCGUGCUGGCCCGGAGCAAACCGGGGAAGCCACGGAGCACCACCAACAUCUUUAUCCUUAACCUGAGCAUCGCAGACCUGUCCUACCUGCUGUUCUGCAUCCCUUUCCAGUCCGUCGUCUACAUGAUGCAGUCCUGGGUCCUGGGUGCAUUCAUUUGCAAAUUCAGCCACUACAUUUUCACCGUGUCCAUGCUGGUGAGCAUCUUCACCCUGUCUGCCAUGUCCGUGGACCGAUACAUUGCCAUCGUGCACUCAAGGAAGUCCUCCUCUAUCCGGGUGGCGAGGCACGCGCUGAUCGGGGUGGUUGUGAUUUGGAUACUCUCCCUGGUCAUGGCUGCGCCCGUCAUGUACUACCAGAACAUAUUCCGCAUGGGGGAUAAUCAAACCUACUGCUGGGAAGGGUGGCCAAAUCCAACCCAGAAGAAAGUUUAUGUGGUGUGCACGUUUAUUUUUGGCUAUGUAUUGCCUCUGCUGCUGAUUUCCUUCUGUUAUGCAAAGGUUUUGAAUCACUUGCACAAAAAACUGAGAAAUAUGUCAAAAAAGUCAGAGGCUUCAAAGAAAAAGACUGCUCAGACGGUCCUGGUGGUGGUGGUGGUGUUCUGCAUCUCUUGGUUACCUCAUCACAUUGUCCACCUGUGGGUGGAGUUCGGAAACUUCCCGCUGAACCAGGCUUCCUUCGUGUUUCGUGUGGCCGCCCACUGCCUGGCAUACAGCAACUCAUCGGUAAACCCGGUCAUCUACGCCUUCCUGUCAGAGAACUUCAGGAAGGCUUACAAGCAGGUGUUCAAAUGCCAGAUCGGCACCAGUGACUCCCCACUCAACGACAUCAAAGAGAUACGCAGCAAAGCAGACACUCCACCCUCGACUAACUGCACCAACGUCUGACAUAGGAGGUGCAGAUGGUGGCUCAAAUUGAAUACUUACCAUCCCACUGAAACUCAAUGUAAAGUCAUAAUGAAAGAGCCAUAGGACAUUAAUUGGUGUGUGGAUUUUUUUGAUCUAGGUAAGUAUGGUUGCUUGGAUAUUGCUGCAGCUAUUCUGUUCCACAUCAGCGCUGUUCAUUAUUGGACCAGAGGAGAUAAAGCCACUGUAGCUGCAGGGCAUGAUUACUGUGUCUUUAAUCAGUGUCUCUGUCUCUCUUUCAUAAUUAACUGUGGAGUCUCAAACUCACGAAGUAACCCUCUCUCUUAAUAAAACUGACUUUGAUUGGAGACAGAAUUGACAAAGGUCAUAAUACAAUACCUAUGAGGUUGUUUUACUUUCAGACUUGUAAAUUGGAAGAAUUCUUUCAAGAUCAUUAUGGCAUUGUGUAGAGACACGGCAUCAUCAUCUGCUGAAGUAAAGCUGUGUUUUCUGUGUGUAGAACAGUGCUUUGGGCAUUACUCAGUAUGCUUUUACAGAAUUGUGUUGACAUAUUUGAGGUUUGAGAUUACAAUUUGAAAUGAAUGAAAUACACUUACUAAUCCUCAGAUAAAUUCAUCCCUUGGAUAAAGCUGUUUAGUUGGUUGACUCUUAUAAAAGACUACUAUGGACUCAGAAUUUCCUUUAACUCUGGAUUAAUUAAGACUUAAAAACAUAGCUGCCCAAGAUACCAUUGCUGUGUCUGAAAUUGCAUACUUUUGUUCUUACAAUUGCCGUUUUGAGUGCAUAGGUGUGUCCCAAUGCAUAGUAUGGCUAAAUGCAGUUUACUAUGAGUAUCAGACUGUGCACUCAUUAUGUUCAAAAGGUGAGUGUAGAAUGCUGAACAUUUCUAUCUUGGCUUUGUAACAGAAGCUACCAGACCAGCCACGAUUGAGGUUGCUCCAGUAACAAACAGCACUAUAUAAAUAAAAGUAAUGGGCCAACAUGUGUUUUAUUUUAAAGUAAUGUAUCACUUUACUCGUGUCAAAAAGAAGCUUUUGCUCGUUUCAUAGAGUUAGUACAGUCUGUAAUAGUUUGGUACCGUGAACAAUAACCUGAUACCUAGCUAGCGAGCUCACAGGGACAAUGGCCGCUUCUGGUGAGGGCAAAGCAGCCAUUUAAGCCAUUUAGGAACGACUGGACAAUUAUGCACCGCAUUAGUGUUUACAGUGUACGGAAUGGAGUGUAUUAAGGGAAGUAUACAAACUCAGACACAGCCCAUGUCUAACUGCCUAGCUCUCCUUGAUUUGGCAGCAUGUUUGUAGUAGGAUGACAUUUCAAUGUGCUGCAGACCUGUAACACGACUGGCUGGCAAGAGAAGGGUUAGGGUCUUUAGCUUACUUAUCAAUAAGUAUUCAAUUUUCUAUUCCAUUCUCAAAUGUGAAUGACGUGCGUUUUUAUCAAAUAGCUUUGUGCACAUUGGAACUAAACAACUCACCAUGGCCAUCUAACCAAUGUACAACAGAUAAAUGCCUUAUUGAACAUCUCCAAACAGUAUGUUGGCCCUUUAUCAAACAACAACCACUUGCUUUUUACAGAAAAUGCUAUGUGUAUGUGUUGAGUUUUGGUUUUGUCAAAAAGUAUGAUGGAAAUGACAGUAAUGUAUAGACUAAUGGAUCAUUUUAUUUUUUUAAAUUGCCCAACAUUGCUCAAAAAGGUUGCAACUGCAGAUACGGAGAAAAAACACCAUACCAUUGCCUUUGCAUUAAAGCCUGUAUUUUACAUUGUUGUAAAUAUUAUGAACCACUGAAGCUGAUUUUCACAUAUGCCUGUAAAAGUGUCACUAUGGUAUGUUAACAGUUUUCAGAUUGUGUUGUGCUGUGUGAGAUGGAAUGUUGGGCAUAUAAGGCUUUAUGCGUGUUUUGCACCCUUUCUGGUAGCCAGUUUUCCGACCAUAAAAAAAGAGAUCUUGCGGAAAUAAAUUUCUGAUGUUUGCUUUGAGUAUGUGAUGUGGCAAGCCUCCACUUAGCAGCUUUACCUCAGUAUCACAACAUCAUUAAAACUAUGAGAGGUCUUUACAUAUUUUGGAAGUUGUGGAAGGAAUGUGUCACAUCCAUAAUUCAUGCUUUACUAAUUGCUGCUGAAUGAUUAACACCGACUUGAUUUAGAAAGGUGGAACUAAUGAAUGUACUAAUGACUCAUUCACCGGAGGAUCUCAGAGGUGGAAUUCCCAGAAAGAAGAGGAGCUUCAGUUGCUGACUCUGCUCAUUGUAGCACUGACUAUAUAUCUGGGAUGGGAUCCAUGGCUGCACAGGACUGAGGACCUUUUUUUUUUUUAAAUGCAUUGAUAUGUACUCCAGAUGAUGCAAGGGACAUGGCUAACUGUUUAUGAGAUAAUGGUGGACACAUGGUUAUGGAAAUCAGUGAUAUUUCUGGAUAUGAGACAUCAAACACAAAUUAAGUGUUGUGUUCUGAAAUAUACCUACAUAAAAAGCACAUGAACAAAAUAGGUUUUGUUAGCAGAACAGGUUGAAUUACAUCUCACAGAUUACUGUAAUUUAUUAAACAUAGGAGGUAUCAGUAUAAUAUGUACGUACUGUAUUGGGGAUGAGGACAAGUGCUAAGUGAAUAAAAAAUACCUUGUUGUACUUCAUUAAGAAGGACUAAGAAAUAAAUGACACUAUUACAUUUAACCCUUUUAUAUGACAGGGGAAAAAAGGCAACAAAAAAAGGAACAUUUUCUAUGGUUCCUUUUAAAGUAGUAAUGGAUAACCCCUUUGUUAUGUUUGUUGUUUUAAAAGGCAAGAAAAGUGAAAAAUACAAAACUAAAAUAAAACGAGUUAUGGUAUCAUUGGUUUUAUAAUCCUAAUAUAUAUAUGUACACAUUUUAACUUUUGGAAUUGCAUUUACACCCAAAUAAAAAGCCUAGUGAAACAGAAAAGAAAUAGAGUAUAUUCAAAUGUAAAAAUGAAAAAUAAAGUACAUUUUACUGUUAAGUAUCUCAUAACAAACAAAUAAUUCUACACUGCCCUUUAUUCUUAAGUGUUCAUUUGAACUUUUCAGGUGCAACUAUGUGAAAACAACACACAUUGAGCAUGCCCUUGAGUAAGGACAUUCCAUUAAGCUUGAACAACUUACAUCUUUUCAAGUUUUUAUUUAUUCAUCGAAAAUGUGUUCAAUAUUUGUACAGCUUUCAGUGCUUUAUGUGUUUUACUGAGGUGGUCCUGGUGUGUCUUUCAACCUUGUUUCCUGUAUAAAUUCAGUGUGUUGUCUAAAGCAAACUUUACCUGAAUAGAAACAAUAUGUUUAAUCUUUCUGUGCUUGAAAAUGCAACAUGUUAAAAACUUUGAAGGCUCUGGCUGGUAUUUUGAAAUAUAUCAAGGCAAUUGAUUGUGUCUUUAUGCAGUGCUACUGAUAUUAAAGGAUUAUA